UCUCGCUGUCUGUCGGUGUGUGUGUGUGUCGGUUAGCUUCCCCUCAAUCAACCGCAGGAACCGCUCGAACAUGGCGGACACAGCCAGGGACCCUCCACCGGAUCACACGGACUUCAAGGAGCUGGAGGACGCGGAGGACCUGUUCCCGGAGCCGGUCACCACACAGGAGUCAGAACCAGCCAGUCUACCUGCUGAAGACAUCAGCACCAACUCAAAUGGACCCAAACAAGAUUCACUAUUUGAUGACGACCCCGAGGACCUGUUCGCAGAGGCCACAGAGGAGGUUUCGUUGGACAGUCCAGAGAGAGACGUCCUGCUCUCUGACGGUCCGUCCCCCGCCAUCACCCCCAUCACCCCUCCCACCUCCGUCAUCACCCCUUGCAUCGGCCACGCCCACGAUGACAUGUUCACACACUCCUCCUUCGAUGAGAUUGAAGAGGAGGAGGGCGGCGAUUCAUUCGACAUGAACAUAUCUGUGUCGGACCCGGAGAAAGUGGGUGAUGGGAUGAAUGCAUACAUGGCCUACAAAGUGACCAUCAAGACCUCCAUGUCUCUGUUUAAGCGUAACGAGUUUUCAGUAAAAAGGCGUUUCAGUGAUUUUCUGGGUCUGCACAGUAAACUGGCCUCCAAGUACCUGCACAUAGGCUACAUCGUCCCCCCUGCACCGGAGAAAAGCAUCGUGGGGAUGACCAAGGUGAAGGUGGGGAAGGAGGACCAGUCGUCCAACGAGUUCGUGGAGAAGAGGAGGUCGGCGCUGGAGAGGUAUCUGAUGAGAACAGUGAAGCAUCCUGUCCUGCUGAAGGACCCUGACGUCCUGCAGUUUCUGGAGAGCUCAGACUUGCCGCGGGCAGUCAGCACUCAGGCUCUGAGCAGCGCUGGACUUCUCCGAAUGGUCAACAAGGCCGCGGACGCCGUCAACAAGAUGACCAUCAAGAUGAACGAGUCAGACGCCUGGUUUGAGGAGAAGCAGCAGCAUUUUGAGAAUCUGGAUGUUCAGCUGAGGAAGCUUCAUGCCAGUGUGGAGUCUCUGGUGUGUCACAGGAAAGAGCUGUCUGUGAACACGGCGCAGUUUGCCAAGUCGGCAGCCAUGUUGGGGAACAGCGAGGACCACACGGCCCUGUCCCGAGCUCUGUCCCAGCUGGCCGAGGUGGAGGAGAAGAUCGACCAGCUGCACCAGGACCAGGCCAACGCAGACUUCUACCUCUUCUCUGAGUUACUGGGCGACUACGUCCGCCUCAUCACCGCCGUCAAGGGUGUGUUUGACCACCGUAUGAAGACAUGGCAGAAGUGGCAGGACAGUCAGAUGCUCCUGCAGAAGAAACGAGAAGCUGAAGCCAAACUGCAGUUCACCAACAAGCCGGACAAACUUCAGCAGGCUAAAGACGAGAUCAAGGAGCUGGAGGGGAAGGUCCAGCAGGGAGAGAGAGACUUUGAACAAAUCUCCAAAACCAUCCGGAAAGAAGUCAGCAGGUUUGAGAAAGAGAGAGUGAAGGACUUUAAAACAAUCAUUAUCAAAUACCUGGAGUCACUGGUUCAGACACAACAGCAGCUGAUUAAAUACUGGGACGCCUUCUUACCUGAGGCCAAGGCCAUCUCAUAGACUCCACACACGCACAACAGACAGUCCUGACUGGCUCCGGUCAAACUACACUACCCAUAAUGCACCUGUCCUCCUGGGCCUCCCUCCUCCUCCUCCUGUUUAUGCUCAGAGUGAAGAAGAGAUGAGAGGCAGCGAACCAGCUCACAGUGAAAAAACAACAAAACACUUCACCUUCAUCUUUUCUUCCUCUCCUUUGUCUCUGCUGAACUGUGCUGCGUUCAGGUCCUGUCAGAGUAAUAACCCACAGAUGCAUCUGUGGUUUAUUACUCUGAUGCAUUCACAGUCAUAACAUUAACAGCAGCAUCUCUCUCCUCAUACUGUUUCAGAAUUCAGAAAGUCAUCAUCCGAAACCUGCAGUGAAUGUUAUUUUCAAGCUGAAAGGUCAUAAUCCCACGUGACUCGAACGCAGCACGGGUUUACAGCCCCUGUCAUGGUUUCCCGCUCCACACAAACAGAUUCUAACACCUGUCAGUUUUUUACAUCCAGAGCACUUUGUUCAUUUAUUUGAUCACCGGACACCAGGGAACGGGUGGAGGCACCUCACUCUGUACGUUUACAUGUGGAAGCACAUUCCCGCCAUUAAAAAGGAGAAGGUGAAACUUUAGGAACCAGAAAAACAGAAAAACAUCAUCAAAAUGAUGUGGUACCUCAUAAAAAUCAUAAAAAUCUAAAUCUGUAGAACUGAAGGGAUUUAUCAGGAAAAACAGAAAUGGAUGUUUUAAAUUUCUCACUCUACAUCCAGUUUUUUCUGUUUAGCAUUUGUAUCAGUAUAUAAACAAGCAGUUAAUAGUUUGAUGCACCAUAAUGUGGCUGUAAGCAGAUAUAAGUGUUUGUUGAUGUGUUUCUCAACCACUGUAACUCCUCCUGUUGAGACCUGUAAGUGGAGGCUGCUGUAUAAAAUCCUGAAUAACACAGUAAAACACAGCUGUGAUGAUAAAACAACACGCCCAACAAAUACUUUGCAUUAAUAAACACUUUAAAAUGUCUUCAUAUCUGCUUAGAGCUGUAUUAUAGUUCGGUUAAAACAAAUUAUGAUCUUAAGAAAAAACCUUUUAGUGUUUCCCAGACACGAGUUCUCGAGGUCAAGAAGGAUCCUCCCGGCUCACAUUUAUCAUAACAGUCAUUCCAGACUUUUCACUUCCUCUGGUUUUCCUGGUGAGAAAUGGCUUCCAUACUCUGUCCCUAAUACUACAGUUCCCAUGAGCAUCGGCGGCAGCUGCACCAGAGAAGUUAAACCUGUGAAAUCAGAAACAGAUUCUGAAAAAUCCAAGAUUUGCUGAAUUCAGUCUUUCUGCGAAUCAAAUCCAAAGCUCUCUGAUUGGAUGUUUUUUUUGCUGCAGUGCUCUAUGGGAAAUGUAGUUGACAUCUCUCCUAACACACUCUUGAACAUUUGACUUUUUUUUUUUUUUCAGCUCAGCUUCUGAAGCCACGAAUGUGAAAAUGAGCAGAUUUUACUGCAGGAACCUUGAACGCCACGUAAACCCCGACCACGUGUCUGCUUUAUGAGCUCGUUAAUAUAAUAAUAAUAAUAUGUGAAGAACAUUUCCACGUUAUGGGUUUCUUCCCCUCAUCGAGCUCUACCAGCUGCUUUCACUGGGAUGUGUAACAGCUGUUUGCACAUAAACAUGAAACUCAGAACGAACUUUCAGUCAGAAUAUCUGUGGUUUUAUUUCAGUUUGGAACUUGAGCUGUGAAACUGAUCCGGAGUCAGUGAUGAAGGAUGACUGACUGCAUCUUCUCUUAUUUUGUGUCUUGUACUUCCCGUCACCUGUUCAGUCCGCUCACUUCCCUUCACGCUUUUCAAAACAAGAGCCCUUGUUUGUGUUGCUGUAUGAUCGCGAGUGAAGGCAACGCUUUUCGUUCCCGCCCUUUCUGAGCCGAUGAGAGCAGCGAAUGAAGAAACUCUGUCGGGUUCAGUUCACUGCUGCUGCCUGGUGAACGUUCUUUUUUCCACCUGAAAAAGCUUGGUUAAUGAAACUGUGGGUUAAUAAGAGUGAACUCAGGUAACAUUUUCCUCACUGAGUUACUCUUGUACUGAUGUAUGAGAGUGUGAAAACCUGCAGAGUGAACUGAACCUCGCUGAGUUUCGUCCCAAAGAGGAAACUUUGACGUUUUGAAUUUCGGUUUAUUAACUGAAGAAACGAAACAACCUGUUAGCAUCUUUAGCAUUUUUCAGUUUUGGCAGCUUACGACGCUGACAUGUUGCUUUCACUGCAGGUGAAGGAUUUCCUGUUGAAGGAGACUGAAGUGAAGCUAAAGUUCAGAGAGUCGGAGUGGUUUCAGGUGUGGUGGGAGUGUGUGUCAGGUGACCGUGUGUGUCAGGUGACCGUGUGCGUCAGGUGACCGUGUGCGUCAGGUGACCGUGUGUGUCCGUCCAGAGAGCAGCUUCAGACUGUGAGGAUUAUCUUUACCAGCUGUUUCUCUUCCUGUUGAUCAGUGUGAGGGCUGCAGUUAUAAUAAAAUAUUUAGCUUCAGGUUCUACACAAUCUUUCCUUGAUUUUAUAUUUGUUGAAUUCCAGACACGUUAUGUUAUGAAAAUAAAAUCCAACCACCUGAAUCUAUCACACAAUUUCAUCUCAGAUUAAAGUUGAUUUUAAAACUGGAAAUAGUUUUGAUUUUGAUUUUUUUUUUUUUAGUACUCAGCCCUCAUCCCCACUGCUCCUCAAUCUUAAAUCAUAUAACACUGUGUUGAUUGCUACCUUUUGUAUUUCGCUCCUUGUUCCAUGCAAUGUUUGAAAGUUUUUAGUUGAUUUGUUUUUAUUUUCACUAAGGAUGGAUUGCUUUAUCAGAGCAGAUUUUUUAAAACUCUUUUGGUUUGGCGUGACAUUCCGCGGCAGAGCAGAUGUUUGAGUACUUUAAUUAUAAUAAAGGAAUGUAUCUCA